AUGUCGGUCAAAUUCCAAGAAGAAACUGUACGAGCCACGGCUCCCGUUGUGGGCCGUGAUGAAUCAACCGUGCACCGCAUCGGCGAAGCCCUCACCGGCGGUCAAUCCAACAAGGGCUACUUAGCCGCAUACCUCAAGCAGCUACAGUCCAACCCCCUACGCACCAAGAUGCUCACCUCUGGCUCCCUCGCUGCCCUGCAAGAAGUUAUCGCCAGCUGGCUUGCGCACGAUCGCAGCAAGCACGGUCACUACAUCAGCUCGCGAGUUCCAAAGAUGGCAGCCUAUGGCGCAUUCAUUGGCGCGCCCAUGGGCCAUGUUUUGGUCGGUCUGCUACAACGUCUGUUUGCCAACCGCACGAGCUUGAAAGCAAAGAUCCUGCAGAUCAUUAUCAGCAACCUGAUCAUUGCGCCCAUCCAGAACAGCGUCUACCUCGCCAGCAUGGCGGUGAUCGCAGGCGCUCGUACCUGGCACCAAAUCCGCGCCACUGUCCGCGCCGGCUUCAUGCCCGUCAUGAAGGUGUCGUGGAUCGCGAGCCCCAUCACACUGGCGUUCGCGCAGAAGUUCCUGCCCGAGCAGACGUGGGUGCCAUUCUUCAACAUUGUAGGCUUUGUCAUUGGAACAUACAUCAAUACGCACACCAAGAAGAAGCGAUUGGCAGCUUUGCGAAAGAAGGUAAUACCCGCCCUAUGA